AUGGAUCCCGAGGAGGAAGCGGAACGAACGGCUUUUGCGCCGCGUAAGUCGCUGGCGCGAACGCCUCCGCAUGGACUGGAGGAAUUAUCGCGGCCGCGAUCAAUUUCCACCGGGGGAGAGAAACGUAUGCUGACCUCUCCAGAGGAGACAGGGUCAGCCUCACAGCGGCCAAGGGUGGAGGUCAGAAGGUGCCGACCAACGAAUCCUGCCCCUCUGCCCCCCACGGGUGGAACAAUGCCCCCUAUUGCGGGGAUAUUGACCACGGAUUACCCUACGGAAAAAUCGGACCCUAGCCGGUCCAAGAGCAGCAAGUUGGAGCUCCUGGACCGGGCCCAAAACGGUUUGCAGUAUAUCAUGGGAGUCGUUACGGGACCAAACUCCAAAUUGAACAAGGGGGACAUCAACUCCGUGGGAGUACAUGUCCACGAUGUGCUGACGGUGGUGGCCGCACUGAACCUGAGGUUGAGUGAGGUGGAGCUCGAUCUUGCUGAGGCCCGGCUCAAGGUGGCAAGGGCGGAGAAUGUGGCUCUCCAAACAGUGGCAAAGGAACCAGAGCACGUCCAGGGCUCCUAUGCAGCGGCCUUGAAAAUAUCCACAGGUGGAGCACCAGUGGCUCUUCCGACGAGAGCUGGACCAGUCCUGGCCUUCUAUCCCACUGAAGCUCAGGCCCACACCCUGAGGACUGCAGACGACACAAAGGCUGAACUUAAAAAGGCUAUAAGACCGGAAAAGAUGGAAAUCCAAAUCGAGAAAGUGAGGAAGGUGGGUAACGCGGGGGUGGUGGUCCAAACCACAUCUGUGGAAUCAGCUGCCAGGUUGAAGAGUGCAGUGCCCCCUACGCUGCGCGUGUCGGAGCCUAAGAAAAGAACUCCUCAAGUAGCGCUCCGUAUUCUGGACGAAGAAAUAGAUAAAGGGGAUAUCCUUAAGGCCCUUGCGGAGCAAAACUUCAAGAACUCGGUGUGGACGGCGGAACGCUUGCAGAAAUCCUGUCAAGUCUAUAAGAGGAAGGGGAUCAGGGGUACCACAACGGCAAUUCUUGAGUGCUCCGCCGAACUAAGGCAGGCGCUAAUGGACAAAGAGUGCGUGUACAUAGAACCCGUCAGGUUUCGAGAGAGUGGGGUGUGCUGGGCCGGUUUCCGGGCGGUCAUCAGCUCACGUAUGGGAUGCCUAAAUGCACACAAGCCUCCGUCUCAACUCGCGGACGAAUUUACGAGGAUUAUAGUGCGAACGGCCUAUGACUGUCUGGGUACAAGGAAACCGAGGAAGGAUGGAGGUUACGAGUGGUGGAAUGACAGAUUAGAGGCAGCACGAAAGAAGACUUUCGGACUGAGGACCAUAUGGCAAAGGAGCAAAAGGCUUGGUGGACAGCGAGAGGUAUUGGCUGGCGACGCAUUCCGUGCAGCCCGUCGUUACUAUAGGAAGCUGAUGGAGGGGGCGCAGAGCAGCCACUUCCGACGCGUGGCGGCCUCCGUCGUUGUGGUGGCGCUAGCGCGGAACCGACUGGCAUUUUUAUUUCUCUCAGGGACCAAACAGGGAGUGAAAUCGGCCAAGGCCGAGAACCUGACGUUACGGGGGCACUACACCACGUCCAGACCAUUGGAGCCAACUACAUACGCCUCUGCGCUAAAAAUUGCAGGCAGGGCCGGCCCUACCCCCAUCACCCAAGAUGGUCCGGUGGUUGCUUUCUACUCGGUGGAUGAGCAGGUUGACAAACCGAAAACGGCGGAGGACACCAAGGCCGAAUUAAAAAAUAAGGUCAGGCCAGAGAUCAUUAAAGUACAAGUGGAGAGGAUCAGGAAGGUUGGCAAUGCCGGAGUUGUGGUCCAGACCACCAGCAUUGAGGCCGCAGAAAAGCUGAGGAGCGCGGCACCACCUAAGCUACAGGCCGCGGUUUCCAAAGCAAGGCCCCCCCAGGUUGCACUAAGGAACUUGGACGGAGACCCGGAGUCUCCGACCGAAAUUAUCGCGGCAAUGUACGAGCAAAAUUUCAAAGGAACCUCGUGGUCACCGGAGAAAAUGGGCCGGAUAAAA